GUCGAGUCCAGGUCUUGUCUGAGUUCCACUAAACCGGUCCGGGUUUGGUUUCUGGGCUGAAUGGCCACAGCUGCAGAGGAGCCUCCAGGGCUGCAGGGCCACACUGGCAAUCUGCAGAGUCAGUUCUGGAGGAGGCUGUCUUCUUUCAGAGAUUCGACAGGAACCCGAAAAAAUGUUUCUGCAGAGGGACCUGGCACCAGUUCCUCUCAGGCUAUGAAAAAAACAAUUGGUCAUCGUGGAAUUGAUCACACUGGUGAAACCACAUACAAGAAGACAACAUCAUCAGCCCUCAAAGGUGCGAUUCAGUUAGGCAUCACACACACUGUAGGAAGCUUAAGUCAGAAACCUGAGAGAGAUGUGUUACUGCAGGACUUUGAAGUGGUGGAGAGCAUCUUUUUCCCCUGUGAGGGCAGUAAUCUGACUCCAGCACAUCAUUAUGGUGACUUCAGGUUCAAGACGUACGCUCCGAUCGCCUUUCGCUACUUCAGGGAGAUGUUUGGCAUCCGACCUGAUGACUACAUGUAUUCUCUGUGUAACGAGACGCUGAUCGAGCUGUCGAACUCAGGGGCCAGUGGAUCUCUCUUCUACGUCUCUAGAGAUGACGAGUUUAUUAUUAAGACGGUGCAGCACAAAGAGGCUGAAUUUCUGCAAAAACUUCUGCCAGGAUACUUUAUGAACCUGAACCAGAAUAAACGGACCUUAUUACCAAAGUUUUACGGACUCUACUGCGUCCAGGCCGGGGGUAAGAACAUCCGUAUUGUGGUCAUGAACAACCUGCUCCCGAUCUCGGUGCAGAUGCAUCUGAAGUACGACCUAAAAGGCUCCACUUACAAGCGAAGGGCAUCAGCUAAAGAGAGAGACAAGAAAGUACCCACGUUCAAGGACCUGGAUUUCAUUCAGGACAUGCCUGAUGGUCUGCUGCUGGAGGCGGACAAGUACAGCGCAUUGUGUAAGACCAUCCAAAGAGACUGUCUGCUCUUGCAGAGUUUUAAGAUUAUGGACUACAGCCUUCUGGUGGGAGUCCAUAACUUGGAUCAGGCCAGAGAGGAGGCCGGGGCAAUGGCUGUGGACCAGAGAAGACCCCAGGGUCAGAAGUCCUUGUACAGUACAGCGAUAGAGGCCAUUCAAGCUGAGGCUGGAAGUAUGGGGUCGAUGGACACUGAGGACAGAACUGGAGGAAUCCCAGCACGGAACGCAAAGGGCCAGAGGUUACUGGUGUACAUCGGUAUCAUUGACAUUUUGCAGUCGUACAGAUUAGUCAAAAAACUUGAACACUCGUGGAAAGCACUGGUUCAUGAUGGGGAUACUGUAUCGGUACAUAGACCAAGUUUCUACGCAGAGCGGUUUCAGAAGUUCAUGUGCAAUACAGUCUUUAAGAGGGUCUCACAAAAACCUUCUCCAACUAAGAAGCGUCGCGCAGUGGGUCAUGGUCCUCUGAGGAAGACCACUGCACUCCAGCACCAAUUCAGCUCUGAAUCCAAAACAGAAUCUGAGGGAGACAGCGUCAUGCAGUCGGGUCGUCCUGACCUCCUCCCUAACACUUUACCACCCAGCAAAACUGUUGACAAGGCCGCAGAAACCACUGCCUCCACCUCCACGGAAAACUCUGCUUCCACAAGUCAGACUCCACCUCAGUCUGUGGACCCACACAGAGCUCAGCAUGGGGCCUUUGAAGAAAGCUUUGGUUCAGAGGAUGUAAUCUCACUGAGCGACAUCGUUCCUCAGGCAGGCAAAUGUUCCGUGUAGAUGUUGGAAGGAGGAAACGAGAAAAGUCGAAGCAAAUUCAGAGGAUGAUAUGAGCUUGGAUGAAAUGUUACAACCCCCUUUGGUGUGGUUCAAGGUACCAAUAUGAGUAUUAGUGUUUUCUUCCCUGGGGUUGUUGUUUUUGCACUUUGGUUUCCGAAUCUCAACAUAAUAUGAGCGUUAAAGUGUUCGGCUGUGUUCUGACACUAGUAGUUAAUGCUGUACACUAUUCAUCUCAGAAGUAUAUGUUAGGAGUUACUGAUGACCUUUGUAGUGUGAUGACUUUGCCUUAUGUCAGAACAAGACUUUUUUUAUCGCCAUGAGCUUGAUAAUGCCAAAUUCACUGUGUCUUUUUUUUGAAGCCACUCCUCCUUAGUGCUGUAGAUCAUCCUUAAUGGCACGAGUCUUAAGUGAACUGUGCCUGGAGCGCUGUCACUGAUCAUUCCAAUAGGGAACACGAUUUUAAAUAAAAUGUUUUUCUUAAUGACUUACUGUAGUCGUUCAUGGAAAGUCACCUGUUCCAAACUUACCCAUGAAUGCAACUCAUGCUGGAAAUCUAGAUGAUCCUGAUCCUUUUGUGCUAUUUAACCAGCUCUUAUAAUGUACCUGUGAAUCAUUAGUGUGAUGCUCAGUUGUCAUGCUCAGUUUAAGGGUUUUGCCCUGAACUGAGGUUGUGUUUUAUAUUUAUACACUGUGCGACAUGAUGUGGGUGUUGGCGUGUAAACCAGCUUAGGAUUGAAUGUGACCAAAACACUGAUUCUUAAAAUGUUUGUGGGCUAAGCACUGCAAAUGAAACUGUUUGUUGUUGACAUGGGGCCUGUCUUAUGAAGCACUGUUGGCAGUUAAAGUGGAAGAACUGAUCCAACACACUUUAUUUAGUUGAAUUCAGUGAGUGCCUCUUAGCUGUUUGUUUGGUGUUAGCUGAAAUAAAUCUCAAUACGUAUAAAAUUAUUCGCUAGCAGCAACAAAUGCAUUCAAUUGCGUGUAACCACAAUGUGCAUCCAUGAAUUUGUUGGAAAGGAGCUUUUGAGGCUGGAUUUGAGGAAGGUAUGUGUUUGUUUGGCUUCUCAGGAAUGGUAUUUUAACUUGGAAAUCCCGACUGGAAUUUUCCCUACAGUUGGAUUUCUUUGACCAACCUGACUUGCAAAUUCAAGAUGGCUUCUCUGUGCGUCAAUAUUUGUGAAAACUGUAGUAAUGUUCUGUUAAAUUCAACCUCUGUUUCACUUCAACAUCCGUCUGUGGACAUGUUACAACCUAACCUGGAUAGAACUCGUAUUGUUAGCGGUUUUCCGACGUGUACUGGAAUGCGGUCAACUCUCGUUACUCCACCUUUAACACGCUUACUGCGGGGGAGAACCCUGUCUUUUUGUUGUCGAGGCAAUGGCCUGAUUGGUGUUUCCGCAGUAACAGAUACCACAAACCAAACCUAAAAAAA